AUGCUUCCAGACGGGAAGAUGUAUGCAUUACUGACCCGGCACCAGAGUAAGAGUGGGUUCAAGCCACUGCCUGUUGUGAUCAUAGGGAAUGGACCUUCAGGAAUCUGUCUCUCAUACUUGCUGUCAGGCCACAUCCCUUACUUCAAAAGAGAUUCUCUUCAUCCUCAUCCCAUUCUUCAGAGGAAACUGGAAGAGGCACCAGAUGUCUCCAUUUUGGACCAGGAUUUGGAGUAUUUAUCUGAAGGCUUGGAGGGACGAUCCCACAGUCCUGUGGCUCUUCUGUUUGAUACUCUUCAGCGUCCAGACACAGACUUUGGUGGAACAGCAGAAUCUGUCCUCACUUGGUGGCAUGAGACCGACAGAGCCAUCCCCCAUCUGGUCCUUGGCAGAAAUGCUCCUGGAGGUGCCUGGCAUUCUAUUGAGGGCUCAAUGGUUACCCUGAGCAGAGGGGAAUGGAUGGGACUCCCAGAUCUCCCAUUCAAAGACUGGCUAAAGCAAAAGAGAAGAGGCCUCAGAAACAAUAGAGCCACAGCACAUGACAUUGCUCAAUAUUACCAACACUAUGUGAUGAAGAAAGGACUGCAGAAGAAUUUCAGAUGUGGUACUGUGGUGACCUCUGUGAGGAAAGUGAGUGCAGAAAGUAUCUCCAACUAUGCACAGGAAGAUCUGCAGGAGAGUAGUGACUCUCUUUGGAACUUCUGUGAGAAGAGUACAGAGAUCUUUCAGGUGGAUGGAUUUUUCAAAAGUGUGAAAGGUGAUAAAGAGCCUUUCUCCAUCUAUGCAGAGAAUGUGGUCUUAGCUACAGGAACAUAUGAUAGUCCUACCUGGCUUGGAGUCAAGGGAGAGAACCUUUCCUAUGUCCACCACCAACUGUCUGCCCUGGAAGAAGCAGUGAAGAACAACAGCAUUGGCAUCAUGUCAGAUCCAGUCUUGAUUGUAGGUGCUGGUCUGACAGCUGCUGAUGCGAUUCUCUUUGCUCACCAUUGCAAUAUUCCGGUAAUCCACGUUUUUCGGAGACGAGUCAGUGAUCCAGGUCUCAUUUUUAACCAGCUCCCCAAAAUGAUGUACCCUGAAUACCACAAAGUCCAUCAGAUGAUGAAAGAACAGACAGCUGCUUGUGCUGGGCCCUACGAGUGCUACGUUAGCCUUCCUGAACAUCACGUGCUUUCCUUCGGCAAGGACAAGAAGUGUAUAUUUCAAGACAAGAAUGGCUGCCAGAAAGUUUAUAAAGUUUCUAUGGCUCUUGUUCUAACUGGCUCAAACCCCAACCUCUCAUUUCUGCCAAAUAAUGGCAUUGACUUGGCAAUGGAGAGUGAUCAACCAGUCAAUCCAAAGAGAAAUCCCAUAGAUGUUGACCCGUUCACCUAUGAAUGCACUCAGGAGAAAGGGCUUUAUGCUCUAGGACCUCUAGCUGGAGACAACUUUGUGCGCUUCGUACAGGGAGGGGCUCUGGCAGUUGCCAGCUCUCUGUUAAAGAAAGCAAACAAAAAUCCUCCCUAACAAAAAGAUCCCUGUGCUGCCUGGGUAGGUUACUGCUGCUUUCUUAGGGAACCAAAUCACCUGUCUGUGCAUCCUCAAAUGCAAAGCCCACUCCUAGUCUUCUCCAAGGUUAUGCAGAGAGUUACUAAGUUCUUGCUGAGUU